AUGGGAAAAGGCAAAAUCCAAAGACGUAAAGGGAAAAAGGCCAGCCCUAAGAAUAUGCCAGGAGUCUCACUAAAGAAUCACCUAAUGGCAAGGAGUUUCAAUGCUGCUGCAACUAGACAAACCAUGAAGGUACAAGGAAAAUACGGCAGACUCGUGAACGAGCGGACAGACAUCAAUGUAAGUGGUUUCGAAACCGCAGUAAAUUCUCUCCUGAAAUUGACCUUUAUCCAGUCUCAGGCUUGGGCCAACUCUAUUCGUCCACAGAAAACAGAAUGUUUGCUCAUGGAUCUGCCACCUGAACUUGCGGCAGACGCCCCGUGA